UUUUUCUGCCAAUCAGCAAUUUGCUAUAAAAGCGUAUUUUAGGAGUGGACUUCAGCUUAGUUAAAAACUAAAUCAGACAAUACAAUGCGUGCCUGUUUGGUGCUUGCCCUCUUCGGAUUUGUGCUUUUGGCCACAGUUUCGGCCAAUUCCAUCGAUAUCGAUGAGUUGGAGGACCUCGAGGAGGAGAAAAGAAUUGCGGAAGAGAGGAGCAACGUUCCCGAAGAGAAGGAUAACAUUUUGGGGGAUGAGGAAAAUGGCGCUGCGGAUGACGAGGAGGACGACGAGGACACACAGGAUGGGGUAGAUGACUCCGAGUCCCAGGAUGAUUCUCAGGACGAUGGCGAUGAAGAAAUCGAGCAGAGCCAAAAAGACAAAGAUGAACAGUAGCUCUAAUGGGAAUUGACGGAUUCUAUUCGUUUAUUGUUUUAAUUACCACGUUUUAACCGCUUGUUAGACUUUCAAACAACUGUUCACACAAAGACCACAUCUUUAUCUCCGAUACCCUAAAAAGCAAAUGUUUUUAUGUUUUCCUAGCAAAUAUAUAAAAUUCUGGGAAUGCCCGUGAUCAUAA